AUGUGGCCAGCGCGUUCACACGUCACAAGUUGCUUGGAAUAUCAAGAUGAAAUAUUCUAUGAAUUCUCCCAAACUCCCUUGCGUUUCGAUGAUGCUAUGUUAACAAGAAAUAAAGUCUUCAAUGGUGAAAUGGGUGGUCUUACAGUGAUAAAAUUUGGGGGGGGGAAAAAAAGGAAAAAAACUAACUCUCAUGUCGCGUUGCAAUUGUUCUCAUCCUUUAGACUUGGCGUUAAAGCGGGCGUGGUGAUGAUUCCCCUGCUGGGCGUUUCGUGGUUGUUUGGUUUCCUGUCACCAUUGCACAAAGUUUUCACUUACAUUUUUACCAUCCUCAACUCUACGCAGGGCUUCCUGAUUUUCGUGCUGCAUUGUGUGCGAAACACCCAGAUUCAAGAGCGAUUCAAACGAAAGCUGAACACUGUUUUUCCAUCUGUAUAUACCAAAAACUCCGCAAUGAAGGGCUCGCAAAUUGGUCCAAGUGCUGUCGAAGAUAUAGGGGCGGCUGAAUUGCAGUCUUGCGAUGAAUUUGAACUGAAAUAAAAUUUAAAUAACUGGA